AGCAAGCAAAGAAAAAUUUCAGAGGUGAAGGUGAGCAGCUAUUUAAGAUGGGCAUCAAGAUUCUCCAGCAGUCUAAAAGCCAAAAACAAAAAGCAGAAGCCUACAUACUCUUUGCCAAAGCAGCUGACAUGGGAAACUUGAAAGCUAUGGAGAAAAUGGCUGAUGCUUUGCUAUUUGGAAAUUUUGGCAUGCAAAACAUAACAGCAGCUAUACAAUUAUAUGAGUCUUUGGCUAAAGAAGGAUCACAUAAAGCCCAAAAUGCAUUAGGAUUUUUGUCUUCUUAUGGAAUAGGAAUGGAAUAUAAUCAAGCCAAGGCACUAAUAUAUUACACCUUUGGAAGUGCUGGAGGAAGCAUGAUGUCCCAGAUGAUACUGGGGUACAGAUAUUUGUCAGGAAUCAAUGUUCUACAGAAUUGUGAAGUUGCCCUAUAUCAUUACAAGAAAGUGGCAGAAUAUAUUGCUGAAAAAUUGGAAAGAAGUGAAGGUAUCCCAGUGGAAAAAGUGAGACUAACUGAGAUACCUGAAAAUCUGCAUUCCAACAGUGGAAUUCUGGAUUGGGACAUAUACCAAUACUAUAAAUUUUUGGCAGAAAGAGGAGAUGUUCAAAUACAAGUUUCUCUUGGACAAUUACAUCUGAUUGGGGGGAAAGGUCUAGAUCAAGAUUACUACAAAGCACUAUACUACUUUUUAAAGGCAGCAAAGGCUGGAAGUGCAAAUGCCAUGGCAUUUAUAGGAAAGAUGUAUUUAGAAGGUAAUGAUGCAGCACCACAAAAUAAUGCUACUGCUUUCAAAUACUUUUCCAUGGCAGCCAAUAAGGGCAAUGCAAUUGGUCUUCAUGGGCUUGGUCUCCUUUAUUUUUAUGGAAAAGGUGUUCCUGUGAAUUAUGCUGAAGCACUUAAAUACUUUCAGAAAGCUGCAGAGAAAGGAUGGCCCAAUGCACAGUUUCAAUUAGGCUUCAUGUACUACUCUGGCUCUGGAGUAUGGAAGGAUUAUAAACUUGCCUUCAGAUACUUUUACUCAGCAUCUCAGAGUGGGCAGCCCCUUGCCAUUUAUUAUCUGGCUGAGAUGUACUCAACAGGAACAGGAGUGUUGAGAUCAUGCAGAACUGCUGUGGAGCUCUAUAAAGGUGUCUGUGAACUAGGCCACUGGGCUGAGAAAUUCCUGACAGCAUACUUUGCCUAUAAGGAUGGUGAUAUAGAUUCUUCUCUUGCUCAGUAUGCACUACUUGCAGAAAUGGGCUAUGAAGUAGCUCAAAGCAAUUCAGCAUUCAUUUUGGAAUCUAAAAAGGCUAAAAUUAUUGAAAAAGAGAAGAUGUAUCCAAUGGCACUUCUCCUGUGGAAUCGAGCUGCUAUUCAAGGCAAUGCGUUUGCUAGAAUAAAAGUUGGAGAUUACCAUUACUAUGGCUACGGGACUAAGGAGGACUAUCAAACAGCAGCCACACAUUACAGCAUUGCAGCUCACAAAUACCACAACGCACAAGCCAUGUUCAAUCUGGCUUACAUGUAUGAACACGGAUUAGGUGUCGCAAAGGACAUUCACUUGGCCAGGAGAUUAUAUGACAUGGCUGCUGAAACAAGUCCUGACGCUCAGAUACCUGUAUUCCUUGCCCUCAUGAAACUGGAAACUGUGCAUUUGCUCCAAGAUAUCUGGUUUUUUAAUUUUACAAUGAGAUGGAAAUGGAUACAAUUGGACAAUAACCUUGGAUCAUACUGGGAUUUAUUCGUGAUUGGCCUAAUUGUUGCUGCACUGAUGUUCUUGCUUAGAAAUCGGUACAGAUAGGAUCUGGAUCCUAGGAAAACCUGCUUGUGGGAACUGGUUCAUGCCAUGUUAUCUUCACUAAAUAAAGAAUUUCCUCGUCAAACUCAAGAGUCUACUGCAGAUUUCCUACACAGGCCUGGGAUGAAAAAUGGACAAAACUUGGGACCUGUUCUCUGAGAAAAUAUUUCACUUCCUGCUUAGUUGAAGUGACCACUUGAGGGGUACUAGGGACUAGUCACCCAAGACCUGAUUGCAAACUUGUCAUCUUAGUGAUUUAGUUCUGAAUCAGGAAUAAAGACUACCAAUUUUUUUAUGUUCUUAUAGCAACCUUUCAAGAGGACAAAUGGGUGCCUUGGCUCCUACAGACUACUGAGGCUGGGAGAAGGGCAAGUUCUGGGAGGGCAGGAACACAGAUCCUUCAGCAUCUGAUACAUACAAAAAUUACACAUAGACCCUUGAUCUUGUGGAACUGAUCUUGUGAACUAUAUCAUAAACCUAAUGUGCAAAAGCUCCUUGUGGCAUGCUGUGACUCAGGCUCCUCACCAAGGGCCUCCUAUCAAAGCACCAUUAGUAACUGUGUAGUAAACAUCAUCAUUUGGGGUCUAUCCAGCAUUGCAUGCCUCUCUUCCAUCUUCCUUUGGAACCCUGUUCUAUUUGGUGGCAUCACCUUUGAAGAACACAGAGAGAGAGAAGGUAUCAGCCUCCUGGGAUGGAAGCUAAAUGCUCCAGUUCUCUCCAUGACAGGCAAAGCAAGGUCCCAGGGCUGAGGGCAGGGUGGACACGGAGAGUGCAAAAGGCACAUGAUUCAUGUCAAAAGUCAGGCUUGAAUCUCAGCUCCAUAAUUCUUUAGCUAUUUGACCUCUUUGAGCCUCAGUUUCCUGAUCUGCAAAAUGGGAAGAAUAAUACCUAUCUUAAAGGGCUGGUAUGAGAUUAAAUGAGAUAAGAUAUGUAAAGGGACUAUCCUAGGGCAUUUUGAAUGAGCUCCAUAAACUGUGACUUUUAAUGCUCUUUAAAAGCUCAAGGCAAAUUGGUUGGAAUAUGGUGUCAGAUGAUUUGAUACCAAUCUGGAUGGUUUUGGGGCCAUACAGUCAAUUUUGCAGCCAAAAUGCCAGUUGUUUUGGCAGGAAAAGAUCCUGCUUGCCUACUUGAAAAUCCAACCUAGAAAUAAGAAAGGUGUCAUUACUUAUGCUGAUCAAAAUGAGGAAGGAGAACGAAAUAGUGGGUUGGCCCUGGGUUUGGAACAAAGCAACAUGGACCUAAGGUCUGGUUUUGUCCCUUAGGAGCUCUAUGAAUUCUGGGCAUAAUUUCUACAAACCUCAGUUUUUUCCUCCAUAAAAUGGAUGAAUUUCUACUUCACUGGAGAAUUGUAAAGCUUAAAUAACCCUAACUACAAAAAUUCUUUAUAAACAUUAAAAAUGCAUUUAUUUGCUAUGAACUAAUCCUGGCCUAUCUGAGGUCCAGGUAUUUAGGAUUUUCUGAACACUACCCAAGUUACCAGUAAGUUUCAAAGGGCCUACACUAAUUUAUACAAAUGUACAAGGAAUGAGCAGGUACCCAAACCUCAGUCAGGGCCCAAUUGCGGGCCAGCCAUGCCAUUACAAAAUAUUUCACGGGUGUCUGGAAUGUGAGCAGGACAUAGUUAAGAAUAAGAGCAAAGAGGAGAGUGUGGAAGGCAGAGUGGGUGAGACCUGGCUCCAAGCCUGGAUAAUAAAUAGGCUUCUUGCAGGUAAAAUAUGUGAAAACACCUGUGGGCAGGG